AUGGCAGCCCUCCACGAGGCAUUACAAUGCCUCCAACCGACGAGCUGGGAGGAAAUCCCCAAAGAACACGACAAGCUGCGAGGCAUGCUACGCGAGCUAUUCGGCCAGGCGCGGGUGAUUGUUGAUUCAGUCCCGGAGGAGCCGGAAAAGAAAACAUCGAAUACAAAGACGAAUACGAAUACCGACCUACAAAAAGAGUGGGGGAAGCCGCUCAAGGUCAACUCCAAGGAGAACCCGCUCGGAAUCCCAUUGUACAAGCUUACGGGGGCGGAUGGCAAGGGCACCUGGUUUGCCCGUCGGAGUGUGCACGAGGGAUUGCCCUUUUCCGUGUGGAAGAGCAAGAUCGCGAGCGAGAUCGCCGAGACGUUACGUGGGAACACGGCGCGGAAGGAACAGGGCCUCCCGCCGGACUAUGCGGUGCGGGGGAUCGGGGCGGAGAGAAAGCUCGAGGAUAUCGAGGUGAUGGACGAUGAGAAUAGAGAUGGGAAUGGUGACGGUGACGGUGGGAAUGAGGGUGCCACCCUCGCUCGGCUGGAGCUGUACCAUGUUUCUGUGCAGUUCCCGCGUCCCACGACCUCCAGGGACUUUGUGCCGCUCGUCAUCAGCUCGGAGAUUGGUUUGAACGGGUCGGAUGUCACGGCGGGCAAGGGCAGGUCACUCAUCAUCCUCUCCAAACCGUGCCGCCAUGGUGACGUCCCCCCGGACGAGCGGUAUAUCCGUGGUCAGUACGAGUCUGUCGAGAUUAUCCGGGAGAUCCCUCGGUCUUCUGCUGCGAAGACUGAGCCGAUGAAUCCCGUCGAAUGGAUCAUGGUCACCAGGAGUGAUCCGGGUGGGAAUAUCCCGCGAUGGAUGGUGGAAAAGGGAACCCCACGGAGUAUCCUCACUGAUGCUGCCAAGUUUGUUCAGUGGGCAAGCCAAGACGACAAGGCGAGCCGAGACGACAAGAGUGAUGACCAUUCUACUGGUGACAUUGAACCCAAUCUCAGGGAAGAAAUAGAAAAGGGAAACGGAGUCCAGGCCCGAGACGAAGUCAAAGAAGAAGAAGAAGAGGACGGCGAUGAGAAUCCACCCGCACACACCGGACUGAUCGCCAGCGUCGCCCAUCUACUCAACAUGGGGGUUGAUAAAUACGCUCCGCAGGCAGUACGCGACUACAUCCCCCAUUUCACAUACGACUCGUUCGAAAGCGAGUCUGACGACAAUUCGACGAGCGAACCCAUUUCCGACAAUGAUUUUGCAGAGAAGGCGCCAUCCUCCCAAAUCAAGGUCGAGGAAAAGUGCGCCGACGAAGAGACAGAUUCGCACACCUCGGUCUCUCUAGCCUCGGACAUCCACGAGGAGCAUAUUUCCCCCCUGGACCUGAUCCAGCAGAACAAGAACGGCGGCAAGCUGUCCUCGCGGGAGAAAGAGCUUGCCAAGCUGGCGCUGCGCAAGCGCGAGGUCGAGUCCCGGCUGGACAGUCUACGCUCGGAGAUCGAAGCCCUGCACAUACGACCAACAUCCGACACGGAUCUCAAGACCGACAAACCGUUUACGGAGAGUGAUCACCCGAGCACUGUGAGUAGCAGCAACGGGCAAAGCAGCAGCAGCACGGCGACGGCCGAGCAGCGAACCGCGCCCCAAGAUGCCAUGCAACUCCACAAGGCAGCCUCGAGCAUGCUGCGCGAGGAAUCCAAGCUCUUCAAGCAGCUGCGCAAGAUCGAAGCGAGCCAGCUGCGGGUCGCGGCCAAGAUCGAGGCGCGGCAACGCAAACGUACCGCGCGCGACGAUAAGCACCGCUCCCGCUCCGAGGUCGACGCCCUGCGCCAGGAAGUCCACGGUCUAAAGAGGGAGGUCGAGAAGUUGCGUGCCGAGCGCCGGCAUUGGCUUGAUCUCGUCGCUUCCUUGCAGGCAGAGAACUCCAGGCUAGUUUCUGUGGCGCAAUAG